AUGGCGGAGGGUUAUACUUAUUCCCGCGGAGGUUAUUACCCAUUCUACGUCGGCGUAUAUCAGCUUGUGGAUGAUCCUUCAACGGAUUCAAUAAUCUCAUGGAGCAAAAGCAACAAAAGCUUUGUCGUUUGGAAUCCGGAAGAGCUUUUUCGCAGAAAGCUUCUUUGGAAAUUCGCUUUCACCGAGAUGUCACAUUUCAUCAAGGAGCUUGACAUUUGUGGAUUUGUAAGAAAUAAGAAGUCUCAACAUUUGGAAUAUGGGCAUAAGAAAUACUUUGUGAGAGGUCGACCUGAGCUUUUGAAGACGAUGCAUUCCAAAAGUACCAGGGCUAGGGAGAAGCGAAGAUCUAAAGAAAAGAAAGCUAAAGCGGAAAUAGAGAAACGCUUGAAUGAUUUACUUAUUAAAUGA